GUUGGUUUCCAUAAAAGAAAACAACAGGAAGAAGAAUACAGUAUUCAUGCUACGUUGUAUUCCGAUGAUUGCAGAGUAACAACUUUAAAGGAGCGCCAGAAGUUAGCUUUAUGGUGAUGCAGUUUCUCAACAAUGAAAGGAAGUAUGAAGCGAAAGGUACUAAUAUCUGGAAAGCUGACAGGUGGAGGAGCCAGGUUACAACAGGCGAGGAAACGAGCCACAUUUCCAGGGCGAAAGGAACCGGCCUACUCCUUUUAUUCCACAGAUCCUAAAGACCAGGUUGCCAGUCUGCACUCGGGCCUGGAUCGUUGCGCUGUUCUGCUCUCUGGCAUGCUCCAGGUGGACAAGGAAGAACCUUUGAGACAACCUCUGAAAACAGUGGACGGUGGUGCUGCCAAACCAAAACCAUCCACCGGACCGGGGAAAAAGACCAGCAAGAAAUUCCCUCCAACAAGAGAACGCAGUUCUCCUAAGGUCCCAAGAGCAAAAGACGGUCCUCCAAUUUCACAGUUGGGAGCGAAGGCGGCGCCCACCCUCCAGCAGUCUCACUUAAUUCCAUCCUUGAGACCGUCUCAACCACUUCCCCGGUCUGCCGCCGCCCAGCCCUUGACCUCCGUCCUUCUGUCUGUGACCCAGUCUGAGUCCGCGCUCCACUCCGCCCACCCCUCAAGUCAACGGACUCUAGCUCAGACCGCCAGCCAAUCAUUUGGCGGUUACCACACGGCCUCCAUUAAUGGCAAAGAUGUUGAUUCAGUGCCUGUGAAAGACACAGACGCCCAAAGUGCGCACGCCUACAAUACAAAGUUUAAUCCUGGUCCGCCAUAUGACACCCCCCGUGACGUACAUAGUGGGGAUGACGUUUGUGCAGAAAAACUACGAACUGUUCAGUAUCUUCUUGGAGAGCUCAAGGGGUUGAUAGCUGGAAAAGGCAGUAUUGCCGAGCAGCUGCUCAGUCAUCUGGAGACGACCGUGUCCUCGCCGCAGUUAAUCUCCAAAGGUUUCGAGCCUGAGAAAUCCGCAGACCUGGAGACUCUGCGCAACUUGAAUGCCCAGCUUCACAGACGAGUGGCGUUUCUCAACAAACAGUUAAAGGAGAGGGAGAGACAACAAAAUACCGAAACCGUGUGUAACUCACAAGUACUCGGUCUUCCAGAGGAUCUUGGUGCUGAUCAAUACCGCCUGCAGGAGCUUAAAGUUGUUCUCGCUGAAGCGCGGAAAUCUCUUCUGGACACAAAGAAACAAUUGCGAGACAGCGAGGCACAGAAUGCGCUGAUGAAAUCAGAUUUGGAGACCAUGAGAAUCAAAUUUGUCCAGAGUGAGCAGGUGCAGAGGGAACUGGCCUCACUUGCCCAGCAAAGACUGGAAGAGAUGGAGAACCUGAAGAGGAUGAUUAGGAGUGGCAACGCGUAUGAGUGCGAGAGAGUUGGUGACCUUGCGCCAUCUGACGCAGCACUCAAGGAGCAAUAUGAUGACCACGGCGGCGCCACUGAACGCAUCACGAAAUAUUUGAUGACUCUGGGCCAACCGGAGGCCUCGUGCAGCCGUGCUAAUGUACACAUGGCUGCAGAAAGGGAAGAGAAAACAUCAGAUGAAAGGAAAAUGACCCUGCUAGAAAAAACGCCGUCUCAACCCUAUCAUCAUCAUCGUAACCAGACGCACAGUGAAGGUUUCGCGGGUGUACAAUUAUCGGAGCAGCAGACGGGUGAAGAGCGCCGGCAACUGUUUGACUCGUUCCUUUCUGAGGGCAAGAUGGAAACUAUGUCACCUGACUGCAGUAUGAGGUCAGUUUCAACCUUUGACACCAGGGAUGAGGCAGCGUUUCGAGACGGAUUGGCCGCGCUGGAUGCCAGCAUAGCUAAUCUGCAAAAAACAAUCAAACAGGAUUUAGGCAGAUGAUGGUUCUAUGGUUUUACGUGCCUGUCCCAAUUUUGAGUUUGGUUCCUACUCCGUGUUUGUGUGAACGUGAAUGAGAGCUUGCGGCUUUCUGCGCUCUGCCAUUGACCGGCGACCAGUCCAGGGUGUAGUUCGCCUAUCGCAUUAUGUGAGCUUGGAUUGGUCCCCACAACCCUGAUCAGAAUAGAUGGAAGAUGUUGGAAUGGUUUUCAGAUGAUUUUUUUUUUUAAUCCUUUGUAAUGACACUUAAGAUGACCAAUAAAAAUUAUUUUGAGAAUUUUCAGUGGACACUCGAUACACUUGUACAAUCUGAUGAGAUUUAUUGAAAAUUUUACAAAUAAUUUUUAUUUUCGAUGGUCAGAGAUGGUGGGAAAGCUGAGGGGGGAGGGAGCAACUGGGUUUAUGCAAAACAUUUAAGUACACGUCAGAGUUUAAAUCUAAAUAAAGAGUGCAAUGCACUUCCUGUUUGGGCCUGGAGAACCAAUACUUUUCUCGGCACAACAUCAAACAAGGGAUUGAAAUGAAGUUGCGACAACCCAAUCAGAUGACAUCAUGACAGCAAAAAAAAAAUAAAAGGAUACUGUAUUAGCUCGGGAGUGUACUUCAAGUACGUCAGUAUGCAGCCAUUACAGAUUAAAAAGACAACCCUGACCAAGUGACUCGCUGUAGUGUUCACUUUACAAAACGUUUGCAGCAAUACAAGCGGGGAAAGAGGCAAUGUCCGUCUGGUAUUCUGUAGCAUUAAUUCACAACCAAUGCUCUUCCAUUAGAUUGCAGAAGGAAUAAUUAACCUGCGUAGCCACCUUUGUUCAGUAAUACAUCAAAGAUUUCACACCAAGUACAAAAGUACAAUUAUAGAGAUUUUUUUGGUGACAUUUCUUUGGUAUACUGUAAAAAAAAAAAAUGCAAUUUUUCCCUAAAAAAGGUCAGGAAACAAGUGUUUUAUAAAAUACAACCAGAAGUCAGAUGCAGCACCAAGAG